ACAGCAGAACUCGAGCAGAUGGUGAGGUCGUCUAGUUGGGCACCAGGCUGUGAUGACAUACACUGCCGCACGACCAAUCUCGCGUUUGAAAUCAGUUGACAGGACUCGCAGCUCUGGUCAGCGCCAGGUGCUCUCUGUGUGUUUACUUGGAGGAGGGUACGAGCUCAGAGAAGCGCGAGCUCAAGGCAAGCGCUGUGCUCGGGUUACCAGUGGCGAUGAUAAAGCUAUUCAGUCAGCCGCGGGCGAAGCACAGAGGACAGAAGAACGGCGGCUGAAGAAAUCAAAACUAAACCUCUGUAAAGAGACGUCGCUUUUUGCUAAGUUAAAUAUUGUAUUAUUAAUUUUUCAUAUAUAUAGUAAUAUUAUCUUUCAAGACUGAGCGCUCAAAUUGCCUGUUUUUUUCCGGUGGCAGCUAAGUAUGUGUACAGGGGGAGAGGCAUUCUUGUGGUUGAUAUAAUGCUAAGACUUAUUCAGCAGAAUUGUGAGAAGAGAGAAAAAUACGUGAGUGGAGGAAGAGGACAACCCUGAACAUCCCCUGGCCCCCUUCUGAAACGCACACACACUUGCAAUCAUCGUGGACUGCUCGCACUCUCACACUAACUGUGGAUGGACUGCAGCUCUAGAAAAAACGCACUACAAGCAGGGAGGACACUGAUGCCCAUGACCCCACACCUAUCCUCCAGGCUGUCCUCGGGAACCCUGCCUCUCCUCUAAAUUCAGUGUGACAAGACAGAGAGCAGACAACAUGGCUCCAAGCCCCCUCCUCUGGCCCCCGCUGGCAUGGCUGUGUGUGGGGUUGCUGUUGCCCCUGGUGCAGGGCGGGGAGUGCCCGCGGCUGUGUGUGUGUGAGGUGCGCCCCUGGUUCACCCCCCAGUCCACCUACAGGGAGGCGGCCACGGUGGACUGCAACGACCUGCGGCUGACACACAUCCCCUCCAACCUGUCUUCUGACACCCAGGUGCUGCUGCUCCAGAGCAACUCCAUCGCCCACACCAGCGGGGAGCUAGAGGCCCUGUUCAACCUGACGGAGCUGGACCUGUCCCAGAACAACUUCAGCACAAUGGAGGCUGUGGGCCUGGCCAACAUGAACCAGCUUACCACCCUUCACCUGGAGGAGAACCAGAUUAGCCAGCUGCCUGACCACUGCCUGCAGGACCUCAGCAACCUACAGGAGCUCUACAUCAACCACAACCAGAUCAGCACCAUCGCCCCCGGGGCUUUCUCCGGUCUGCAUAGCCUGCUGCGCCUCCACCUCAACUCCAACAGGCUCCGGGUUAUCGACAACCGCUGGUUCGAGGCAACGCCCAACCUGGAGAUCCUGAUGAUCGGAGAGAACCCUGUCAUUGGCAUCCUGGACAUGAACUUCAAGCCACUGGGGAGCCUGAGGAGCCUGGUCCUGGCCUGCAUGGACCUCACCGACAUUCCUGGGAAUGCUCUGGUGGGCCUGGAUAACCUGGAGAGCCUAUCCUUCUACGACAACAAGCUGGUCCGGGUGCCCCAGCUGGCCCUGCAGAAAGUGCCCAACCUGAAAUUCCUGGACCUGAACAAGAACCCAGUGCACAAGAUCCAUGAGGGAGACUUCAGGAACAUGCUGCGUCUGAAGGAGCUUGGUAUCAACAACAUGGCUGACCUGGUAUCCAUCGACUGUUACGCCCUGGACAACCUGCCUGAGCUGACCAAGCUGGAGGCCACUAACAACCCCAAGUUGUCCUACGUGCACCGGACGGCCUUCAGGGACGUGUCCUCCCUGGAGAGCCUGAUGCUAAACAACAAUGCCCUCAACUCUGUCUACCAGCACACCGUUGAGGCGCUGCCCAACCUCCGCGAGAUCAGCCUCCACAGCAACCCACUACGCUGCGACUGUGUCAUCCAGUGGAUGAGCUCCAACAGGACCAGCGUGCGCUUCAUGGAGCCCCUGGCUAUGCUGUGUACCUCGCCGCCCGAGCUCCGGGGCCAGCGGGUCAGAGAGGUGAAGCUGCCGGACUCCCCAGAGCAGUGCCUGCCCUUCAUCUCCCACGACACCUUCCCCAGCCACCUGAACCUUGAGCUGGGCAUGAGUGUCAGCCUGGACUGCAGGGCUAUUGCUGAGCCCGAGCCAGAGAUAUACUGGGUGUCUCCUAUGGGGAGCAAGAUAACAGUGGACACGGUGUCGGAGCGGUACCACCUGAGCAGUGAGGGCACCCUGCGACUGUCCCACGUCCAGGUGGAGGACUCCGGUCGCUACACCUGCAUAGCCCAGAACACAGAGGGCGCCGACACACGCGUCACCACCAUCCGCAUCAAUGGCACCCUGCUGGACAGUGCCGAGGUGAUGAAGAUCUACGUCAAGCAGACCGAGUCCCACUCCAUUCUGGUCUCCUGGAAGAUCAACUCCAACGUCAUGACCUCCAACCUCAAGUGGGCAUCGGCCACCAUGAAGAUUGACAACCCCCACAUCACCUACACUGCACGCGUGCCCGUCGACGUACACGAGUACAACCUGACCCACCUGCAGCCGGCCACCGAGUACGAGGUGUGCCUCACUGUUUCCAACAUUCACCUGCAGACCCACAAGUCGUGCGUCAACGUGACCACGCGCAGCGUCACCUUCACCCUGGACGUGUUGGACCAGAGACCUAGUGCCGCCCUGUUAGCCGUCAUGGCCACCAUGCUGGCCUUCCUCAGCCUGGCUACUGUGGGGGUGUAUGUGGCCCGGCGCUGGAAGAGGAAGAACUACCACCACUCCCUGAAGAAGUACAUGCAGAAGACCUCCUCCAUCCCCCUCAAUGAGCUCUACCCGCCCCUCAUCAACCUAUGGGAGGCAGAAAGUGAGAAGGACAAGGAGGUCGGUACAGAGAGCAAGCCCUCCCCCGUGGACACCACACGCAGCUACUACAUGUGGUGAAGCAGGCCUGGCCCAGGCCACCCCUCCACCAGCACACACAGACACACUUUUGCCAUUUUGGUGCAAAAGUCAUAUAAAAGUCAUAAAACAUUUGUUUUUGUAUUUUUCUGCUUUGCUAACACAUGGCAGAGUGAUAAAGGACAGGAUUUUUCUGCUUUGCUAACACAUGGCAGAGUGAUAAAGGACAGGAUUUUUCUGCUUUGCUAACACAUGGCAGAGUGAUAAAGGACAGGAUUUUUCUGCUUUGCUAACACAUGGCAGAGUGAUAAAGGACAGGAUUUUUCUGCUUUGCUAACACAUGGCAGAGUGAUAAAGGACAGGAUUUUUCUGCUUUGCUAACACAUGGCAGAGUGAUAAAGGACAGGAUUUUUCUGCUUUGCUAACACAUGGCAGAGUGAUAAAGGACAGGAUUUUUCUGCUUUGCUAACACAUGGCAGAGUGAUAAAGGACAGGAUUUUUCUGCUUUGCUAACACAUGGCAGAGUGAUAAAGGACAGGAUUUUUAUUAGUAUAGCGUAUCGCCUUUGUUUGACUCUCUCUUUUUCUCUUUUAUCGUUUGGACUAUUCCAAGAUGGCAGCUGUGUCUAGCUUCCAGAUUGUCUUACUUGCUGCAUUUUAUUUCUGUGAUGCGUUUUUGAUAGCACAGCUUUUUGUCUUGUUGCAGAUGCAGCAACAGGUACUAUUAGUCUAGGUAAAGGUUCCCCUGGCAAUGUUAGGGAUUGCAGUGCUUAUUCUCUCCUUUUGUAAAUCAGGUCAUCUGUUGUGCACUGAAAUGUAAAUGAGUUUGUAUGGACUUCAAUUAAAAGCUGACUAUGGGGAUUAGACUUCGUAUACUGUCUACUGAAUAACUCUAGCGAUUGUAAGGUAAUGUUGAAUCAACUAUCAUUUUAAACUCUUUUUUUUUGUAAUUAGUUUGCUGAUAAAUGUGCUGUAAAACUAGAAAUGUGAAUGUUUGAUAACAAAACUAGGUACAGUAGUAGCUUUUUUUAUUUACUCUUCAAUUAUUUAUUUCUUAUUUGCUCAAAUCUGUUGCUGAACACUUACAUUUGUUGUGAUUUUAACAUGCAAAAUGUUGUAUAUGAGGAAGAAGUUUAAAUAAAUAACAUUUUUGUUUUUUUAAUAUAAA